AUGGGCUUGCUGCCACUCAACUACCGGCGCCCGGCGCUCGUGAGAGACAAUGGCCAAUCGUCCAGCACCUCUUCUGCAUCGUCGAACAACAGUGGUGCAAGGACCGGGUCGGCUGACUCUAUGACAUCCGGCUCGUCUGCGGGCAUUCCCAAUGCCCUCUCCUUCAACCGCAUCAUGGACGGCGGGACUUGCCCACCCUGUACAGUUCGUGACUUCAUGAACUACUUGAUCUACGUGGAGAGGUCGGCAGAGAACCUUCAGUUCUUCCUCUGGUACCGCGACUACGUCCGGCGCUUCGCCGAGGCUGACACGUCCGACAUCGCGCUGGCGCAGGAGUGGACGCAGGCUAUGGAGGACGAAGCCGUGGCCAAGAUCCAGAAGGACCACGUCGAAAAGCUACGGAGACAACCUCCCGCGGCUGCCAUCUUCAAGGGCACGGAUUUCGAAAAGGGCGAGCAGUCGGCUGCGCACUCCGAGGGCGGAGAUCCCUUCGGCACGCCUCCAAGGUCGCUGGGGGGAGACCAGGACUCGUACCUUUCCGGCUCCCGGAUGACUGGGACAUACAGGGAGCAGGCAAGCGAGGCCUUCACCCAGGCCGGCAUCAAGCAGCCUUUCUUCCCGAGUCACCAAGUCACCAUCCAGCCGUUCCGGGGAGAGAUCGACCGCGUGAUCGCAACGUACAUCAUGGACGACGCCCCGCGCCAGCUGAACCUGUCCUCGCGGGACCAAAAGGCCGUCCUCGCGGCCCUGGCGUACACGACCCACCCGUCGGCCCUGCGCACGACGGCCGCCGGCAUUGAGGCCACGCUGCGGCACCAGGCGCACCCCAACUUCAUCCGCUGGUCCGUCUGCAACGGCAACCCGGCGCGUGUGUGCUUCGCGCGCGCGCUGGGCGCCUCGACGGUCGCGCUCGCCACGGCGGCGGCGCUGGUCCUGACGCUGUCGCGCGCGGGGCGCGGGUACCGCGCCGUCGCGGCCGUGGGCUGGGCGCUGGGCAUGGCGACGCUCGUCGCGGCGGGCAAGGGCAUGUGCGUCGUGCUGCACGGCUUGCACCACCGGCACGUGCGGCCGUGGGAGCUGUUUGAGAGCGACGACGAGGACGGCGUCGGCGGCGGCGGCGGCGGCGGCAGCGAGGCGGAGAAGGGCAAGAUGCGGAAGGGGCCGGCCGCGUCGUCGUUCGACUCGUUCGGCAGCGGCAACAGCUACGAGGAGGAGCCGUGGGUGAUCCGGUACCGGGAGAGGAACGUGGUGCGCAAGAUCUUCGACCGCGAGGUGUGGAUCCGGGAGCCGGCGCUGCGGCAGAUCCAGGACACCAUCUUUGUGCAGGCGGUGCUGGGCGGGCUGCUGUUCGCGGGGACCGAGGUCCCCCCUCCACCAACAACCGCCAACGGAAACCUCACCAGCCCCAAUCCUGCUGUUCUGCAAAGGACCAGGACCAGGACCAAACACCGCCAGCUCGUCAUGGUGGCUCCGGCAGAGUCAACGGCCUCGAGGCCGGACGCCGACCGGCCCCAGACGGCGACCACCACGGCCGAGAUUGACAGCACCAUUGCCCAUCCCGGCUCCGUGCGCAUCAACGUCAAGGGCGCAUUCAUCGUCGACCAGGUCCCGGGCUCUCCAACCGCUGGGCCCGGCGGCCGCAACGGCUCGCCAGACAACCACCAGACCAAGGACAUCCGGCUGCCAAACCAUACGGCAGUCGUGUCGCAUGUAGCCAUUGAUAUCGGUGGCUCUCUCGCAAAGCUCGUCUACUUUUCCAGAGAGGCAAACUCGACCGAACCCGGUGGUCGCCUCAACUUCAUGAACUUCGAGACGGACAGGAUAGACGACUGCAUAGAAUUCAUCCGCGGUCUACGGGAUAGACACCAGGCCCUCAAUGGCUCCAAGCCGGGCGCCAUGACGGUCAUGGCGACUGGUGGCGGCGCCUACAAGUACUACGACAGGAUCCGGGAGCGGCUCGGCGUCGACGUCCUCCGCGAGGACGAGAUGGAGUGCCUGAUCAUCGGCCUCGACUUCUUCAUCGCCGAGAUCCCGCGCGAGGUCUUUACCUACUCCGAGACGGACCCCAUGCACUUUGCGACCCCGAGCGACAACAUCUAUCCCUACCUCCUCGUCAACAUCGGCUCCGGCGUCUCGAUGCUCAAGGUCUCUGGACCCCGGCAGUACCAGCGCGUCGGCGGUACCUCGCUGGGAGGCGGUACCCUCUGGGGCCUGCUGUCCCUCCUCACGGGCGCCCGCAGCUUCGACGAGAUGCUCGACCUCGCCUCCCGGGGCGACAACACCAAGGUCGACAUGCUCGUGGGCGACAUCUACGGCACAGACUAUGGUAAGAUCGGGCUGAAGAGCACCACCAUCGCCUCAUCCUUUGGCAAGGUCUUCCGCAUGAAGCGCGAGGCCGAGGACGAGGCAGAAGACAGCGGCGGCCUCCACCAGCAUCACGAGGGCGAGUACCACGCCGCCACGAACCCCGACGGCGUCGGCGCGGCCCCCGACCACCACCAUUCUGCGUCGGCCACUGCCGCAACACCCCACGCCUCGUCGUCGUCGCCGUCGUCGGGGCCAGACGGCUUCUCCAGCGCCGACGUGUCGCGUUCGCUGCUGUACGCCAUCUCCAACAACAUCGGCCAGAUCGCCUUCCUGCAGUCGCAGCUGCACAACCUGUCGCACAUCUACUUUGGCGGGUCCUUCAUCCGCGGCCAUCCGCAGACCAUGAACACGCUGAGCUACGCCAUCAAGUUCUGGAGUAAAGGCAAGAGCCAGGCCUACUUCCUCCGCCACGAGGGCUACCUCGGCUCCGUCGGCGCCUUCCUCAAGCGCCAGCCGCCCAACUGGGGCCGGCGCGGCAGCUUCGAGGGCCAGUUCGAGACUAGGGUCAGCGGGCGCCUCGGGGAGCUCGUCGGAGAAGAGGCCGCCGCGUCCGCACCCGAGUCGGCGAUUGUAUGA